AUGUCCAACGCGAAUUCAGUGAUCACAGUGUUUCAAAAUCUAUUUUCUAAUCAUGGAUCAACACUUCUAAAUGCUAUCCUCAUUGUUUCAACCAUUGGAGGGCAAUCGAUAAUUCGAAAAUUGACAUUCUCAUGUCCAUGCGCAUAUCCACUGAAUGUGUUUCACUCUUUGGUAUUCAUGUUUGGACCAUCGCUGGCGCUAUUCAUCAUUGGUGUCAUGCUGAAUACAACCACAUGGAAAAUUCUGCACGGGACAUUUUUCAGUUAUUACCGCUGUUUAUUCGCACAUGAUCACUGCGGCUUUGAAACAGCAAGACUAUGUAAAAAUGAGACCGUGAUGGAAAAUUACAUACAUAUGCCUGAUUUUGAAAAAAUCACCGGUGGGCGAAAGUAUUGCCCUCCGUGUAUCUGCGCCUUGGAUGGACAAGAUGCGUCUUAUCUGGAAGCUGAAUCGCAGAUCUACGCUUGGUUCAUUCUUAUUCUUUUUGGGAUUUCGUUAUUUUUGGUAAUUUGCUGCGUGAGAAUGUGUGAUAAAUACACUUACGUACAGCACCAAUAUGUGGAAACCUACAAAAUGGAGGAAAUUAGCAAAUUUGAACAGGUGGCCAAAGAACAUGCAUCUCAACUAGCCGAACGCAAUGCCAGAGCUUUCUUCACACAGAAAGAUUGGACAAAACGCGAUUGGGACUGGGUGUCUGGUGUUGCUGAGGUAAACAAUCCGAUGUUUGCUAGGCUGAGAUUGAUAGCAGCUGAGAAAACGAAAACUACGAUGUACACACCAUUACAGCUCUGGAAUGACCACAAGGGAUACCGUAUCCUGAAGCCAGAUGUGCUAACCGUAGACGAAACGCAAGCAACUGGUGUUAUCGUGCCCGAAGAAGUCGCGACAAAGAUGGAAUAA